AGCACAGCUACCGUAACGUUGUUAGUCGGAAGAAGAAGCCGAUUCUGGAAGCCAUUACGUUGCGCACAUCAGUUGAGUAAAUCCUACUAUUUUUGCGUACAAUACGCACAAUUACCUCUCCUAAAGAGGAAUUUAUGCAAUUAUGGCAUCGGUGGCGAAAAAGAGAAAAAUGAAUUUCUCGGAGAGAGAGGUGGAAAUUAUUGUGGAAGAAAUAGAGAAACAAAAGCACACACUGGUUAACCACUUCAAUGCUGGAGUCACCCACAUGGCAAAGAAUAACGCGUGGGUGGACAUCCUGAAAAAGGUGAACGCAGUCACCACCUGUCCCAGAGAGUUGCCCGAGGUGAAAAAGAAGUGGUCUGACAUGAAGACAGAGGUCCGGCGGAAAGUGGCCCAGGCGCGGGCUGCUAUAGAGGGGACCUCAACUGACUGCACUCCAGUUCCCGUCAUCCUCACUGCUAUGCAGCAGAGGAUCUGUAACCUCCUGGGGGAGGCCACCAUCAUCAGUUUACCUGCAGGAGACUCGGAUGCAGAGAUAACUUUACCUGUUACAGUGAACAGCGCCACCACGGUCACUUUAGCAGAGACUGGCUCAGGUACAGUCUGUGAUGAAGCAAAGCCACUGAAUGCUGAAACAACUUACCACACCCUAGAGGAUGGAGGCGUGGUAGAAUAUUGCACCACCACUGUAAGUGAUUCCACUCCCACUGUGGUGGCGGCUGUCGAGGCUCCAGUAGAGAUGCUGGCCUCGUCUUCAGCUUCCCCGCCUCCUCCUCAGGGUCACGCUAAACCUCAGGAGCUGAAGAGCCGCAUUGCCCUCAACUCCGCCCGCCUGCUGCAGGAGCAGAGAGUCACCAAUGUCCACAUUCGACAGAUUGCCCAGCACUUGGAGGGUCAGAACGAGCUGCUGCAGAUGAUGCGGCGCUCCCAGGAGGCUCAGGCUUUCGCCCAGGAAAGACAGGCCCAGGCCUUGGAAGGUACGCAGGCUGCCCUGCUUGCAUUAGUGCAGAUGCUCAGGCCUGCUCUGAAAGACCUGCGCAAAUUCCUGCAGAAUGGGACAGAGGUCGCAAACCCCAGCAGCUCAGCAGCAGGAGGAAUGACUGAUGGGUCAGGAACAGAGGACCAAAGCAGGCCCCAAACACCACCACCUCCUCCACAGCAAGCUGAGACACAAUAGACACUGUGUGUGCGUUAACGUGUGUGUGGCACUGCCUGCUGUCUGCAUUGCACAUAAAGGAGUCCAUGCACUCAGGCUUCAGAGAACAAUGAAAAGCUUGUCAAGAGUUGCCUUAAAGAGAGCGUGUAAAGAAUUUUAUUGAUGUUUUAUGAUAUAGAAAAGCAGUGAGAGGGUUAAUUUGAGAACAUUAUUUUCACUUUUUACAGUCCGUUAUUAAUUGGCAGUGGGUUUAUGUUACCUAACACAUAGAUUUGAUAUUGAAAUGUUUUUAAUGCAAAGAUGCAGAAGGUCAUCAGCCUGAUGUGGGUUGAUUAUUUAAUUCUUAAUUUUUCAAGUCAUUGUGCAGUUUACCCUGAAUGAAGAAGAAUCAGUCUUGUUUUUAAAACAGUCAGCUCCGUUCUUCAGUUAGUGUGCACCCUGUCUUCAAUAAAAUGGAGGAAAAAUAA